CCUGGAGCUAGCCCUGCAGCUCCGGGAACCUGCAGACAUGGGUUCUCUGCGGAGCUGGUGGAUGCUCUGGGCCGGGGCAACCCUCCUGUGGGGGUUGACCCAGGAGGCCUCAGUGGACCCCAAGAACAGCGAGGGGGAGGAAUUCCUCACGGCCUUCCUGCAGAACUAUAAUCUCGGGUACAGCAAAGCCUACCUCUACCUCCUCCUCUCCAGUCUGUCGGACAGCCUCACCUCAGUCUCCAUCCUCAGCCGGGUAGACGGCACCUCACAGAAGGUCACUGUGGGGCCCGGGCAGUCAGUCAUGGUCAACAUCACUGCCAAGGCUGAGAUGGUCGGCAGCAAUACCUUCAAGCGUGCGGUGGUGGUCCACUCUGACCGCACCAUCUCUGUGCAGGCAAUAAACGCUAAGCCCAGCACAGCAGAUGUGACACAGCUGUGGCCUGUCCGCGCCCUAGGCACUGAGUACUUUGUGCUCACACCCGCCAGCGCUUCGUCCCAGAAUCUCAAGGAGUUUGCUGUGGUGGCGGGUGCAGCCGGUGCCUCUGUCAGUAUACAGCUGAAGGGGUCAGUGACAUUCCAGGGCAAGUCCUACUCAGCGGGCAAUGUCCUGAGUGUGACUCUGGACCCCUACCAGGUGGCCCAGGUGCAGAGCACAGCUAACCUCUCAGGGUCAAAGGUCACAGCCAGCAGCCCCGUGGCUGUCCUCUCCGGCCACAGCUGUGCCCAGAAAAACACAAACUGCAACCAUGUGGUGGAGCAGCUGCUACCCACGUCUGCCUGGGGCACCCGCUAUGUGGUGCCCCCUCUGUCCCUCCAGACCCGCCAGGACCUGGUCUAUGUCGUGGCCAGCCAGGCCACGAAGCUGACCUACAACCUCGGGGGCACCGCUGGCUCCCGUGGGCUCCAGGCAGGUGACGUGACAGAGCUUGAGAUCCAGCAGUCCUGGCCACUCUACCUGUCUGCAGAUGUGGGCAUCCAAGUCCUGCUGUUUGGCACGGGUACCACCAAAGAUGGAGAGACCUAUGACCCCCACCUGGUCCUGAUCCCAGACGUGGCAGCCUACUGCCCUGCCUAUGUAGUGAAGAGCGUGCCAAACUGUAAGUGCACGGCCCUGGUAGUGGCACCAACAAAGGCUGCUGGUGAGCUGACCAUAGACGGGCAGAGGCUGGGGGCCAAGCUCACCUGGGCCGCUGUGCCAGGCAGUGAGUUCUCAUAUGCUGAAGUGGACCUCGGCACUACGGACAGUAUCCAUGUGGCUGAGGCUGCUACCAACUUUGGGCUGCUCACCUUUGGGCUGAACCAGGACGUGAGCUUUGGGACAGCAGCUGCCUGCGGCCGGACCGUGCAGACCCAGGAGGAGGCCUCCUGCAAAGGCAAGCAGUGCGGUCCCAAGCAGCUCUGCAAGGUGCUGGAUGGGCAGGCCAGGUGCGUGGCGGCCUCCGUGGCCACCUGCCGCGCCCAGGGUGACCCCCAUUACACCACCUUCGAUGGCCGCCGCUAUGACAUGAUGGGCACGUGCUUGUACUCGAUGGCGGAGCUGUGCAGCGACGACCAGACCCUGCCUGCCUUCAGCGUCGAGACCAAGAACGAGCACCGGGGCAGCCGCAGAGUCUCUUACGUGGGCUUGGUUACCGUGCGCGCCUACAGCCACGCGGUGUCGCUGGCCCGCGGGGAAGUUGGCUUCGCUCGGAUCGACAGCCAGCGCUCACGCCUGCCUGCCUCCCUGGCUGAGGGCCGCCUGCGCGUGUACCAGAGUGGGACACGGGCCGUGGUAGAGCUGGACUUCGGGCUGGUAGUCACCUAUGACUGGGAUGCCCAGCUGGCACUGAGCCUGCCCGCGCACUUCCAAGGCCAGGUGUGCGGUCUGUGUGGCAACUAUAAUGGUGACCCCACUGAUGACUUCCUUACACCUGAAUGGGAGCAGGCUCCUGAUGCCGUGGAGUUUGCCAGGAGCUGGAAGCUGGACGACGAGGACUACCUAUGUGAGGACGGCUGCCAGGACAGCUGUCCCUCCUGCACCCCAGACCAGGCCCAGCACUAUGAGGGCAGCCGUCUCUGCGGCACGCUGACCCAGCCCGAUGGCCCCUUUGCUGUCUGCCGUGAUGCCCUGGACCCCCAGCCCUUCCUGAAGGAAUGUGUAUAUGACCUGUGUGUGGCCCAUGGGGACCGGGCCAGCCUGUGCCGUGCCCUUAGCGCCUACGCCCAGGCCUGUCUGGAGUUUGGCAUCUCUGUUGGGAACUGGAGGUUGCCAGCCAGCUGCCCCCUGUCCUGCCCCGCCAACAGCCGCUACGAGCUCUGCGGCCCCGCCUGCCCGGCCUCCUGCAACCCCCCCGCGGCGCCGUCCAACUGCUCCGCGCGCCCGUGCGUCGAGGGCUGCGUGUGCCUCCCGGGCUUCGUGGCCAGCGGCGGCGCCUGCGUGGCCGCCUCGUCCUGCGGCUGCAACUUCGAGGGCCGCCCGCUAGCUCCCGGCCAGGAGGUGUGGGCCGAUGAGUAUUGCCGGCGGCGCUGCACCUGUGACGCCGCCACCAAGCAGAUGCGCUGCAGCGACACGCAGGGCUGCCCAGCGGGCGAGCGCUGCCGCGUCCAGAACGGUCUCCUGGGUUGUUACCCCGACCGCUUCGGGAGCUGCCAGGCGUCUGGGGACCCGCACUACGUGACCUUCGACGGCCGGCGCUUCGACUUCAUGGGCACCUGCACGUACCUGCUGGCCGGCUCGUGCGGCCAGGCCGCGGGGCUGCCUGCCUUCCGGGUGCUGGUGGAAAACGAGCAUCGGGGCAGCCAGAGGGUGAGCUACACGCGCGCCGUGCGCGUGGAAGCUCGCGGCGUGAAGGUGGCCGUGCGCCGGGAGUACCCUGGGCGAGUGCUGGUGGACGGCAUCCUUCAGUACCUGCCCUUCCAGGCGGCAGAUGGGCAGGUGCAGGUGUUCCACAAGGGCCAAGAUGCUGUCGUGCGCACAGACUUUGGCCUGACUGUCACCUAUAACUGGGAUGCCCAUGUGACUGCCAAGGUGCCCAGCAGCUAUGCGGGGGCCCUUUGCGGGCUCUGUGGGAACUUCAAUGGGGACCCAGCUGACGACCUGGCUCUGAGGGGUGGAGGCCAAGCUGCCAACGCACUGGCCUUCGGGAAGAGCUGGCAGGCGGAAACAAGGCCAGGCUGUGGAGCAGCUGAGCCAGGCGACUGUCCCAAGCUGGACACCCUGGUGGCCCAGCAGCUGCAGAGCAAGAAGGAGUGUGGGAUCCUUGCCGACCCCAGUGGGCCCUUCCGGGAGUGCCACCACACACUGGACCCACAGGGUGCUGUGCGAGACUGCGUCUACGACCGCUGCCUGCUGCCAGGCCAGUCUGGACCACUGUGUGACGCACUGGCCUCCUAUGCUGCUGCAUGCCAGGCCGCCGGGGCCGCUGUGCACCCCUGGAGGAGUGAGGAACUCUGCCCCCUGAGCUGCCCGCCCCACAGUCACUACGAGGCGUGUUCCUACGGCUGCCCGCUGUCCUGCGGAGACCUCCCGGUGCCUGGGGGCUGUGGCUUCGACUGCAAAGAGGGCUGCGUGUGUGAUGAGGGCUUCGUGCUCAACGGUGAGUCCUGCGUGCCGCUGCCCUCCUGUGGCUGCGUGUACCAGGGCACCUACCACCCGCCCGGCCAGACCUUCCACCCGGGGUCGGGGUGCAAUUCCCUUUGCCGCUGUGAGGAGGGUGGCCUGGUGUCCUGUGAGCCCUCCAGCUGUGGCCCACACGAGGCCUGCAAGCCGUCCGGUGGCGUCCUGGGCUGUGUGGCCGUGGGUUCUGCCACCUGCCAGGCAUCGGGAGACCCGCAUUACACCACCUUCGACGGCCGCCGCUUCGACUUCAUGGGCACCUGUGUGUACACGCUGGCUCGGACCUGCGGGACCCGGCCUGGCCUGGCCCAGUUUGCCGUCCUGCAGGAGAACGUGGCCUGGGGCAAUGGGAAAGUCAGCGUGACCAGGGCGAUCACGGUCCAGGUGGCCAACUUCACCCUGCGGCUGGAGCAGAGGCAGCGGAAGGUCACGGUGAAUGGUGUGGACAAGAGGCUGCCCGUGGUGCUGGCCGAGGGCCGGGUCCGCGCCUCCCAGCAUGGCUCAGACGUUGUGAUCGAGACUGACUUUGGCCUGCGCGUGACCUACGACCUCGUGUACAAUGUGCGGGUCACCAUCCCAGGCAACUACUACCAGCAGCUGUGUGGCCUGUGUGGGAACUACAAUGGCAACCCCAAGGACGACUUCCAGAAGCCCGACGGCUCACAGGCAGGCAGCUCCAAUGAGUUCGGCAGCUCCUGGGAGGAGGCAGUGCCGGGCUCUCCCUGCGCGCCCACCUGCAAGCCUGGCGGAAGCUGUGACACAGAGCUGGAGUGUAAACCUGAGCUGCAGGAGAACUACGAGCAGCAGCAGUUCUGUGGGCUCCUCACCAGCCCCACGGGGCCGCUGGCUGCCUGCCACGAGCUGGUGGAUCCCCAGGGUCCCUUGAAAGAUUGUGUCUUUGAUCUCUGUGUGGGUGGCGGGAACGAGAGCAUUCUCUGCAGCAACGUUCAUGCCUAUGUGAGUGCUUGCCAGGCAGCUGGAGGCCACGUCGAACCCUGGAGGACCGAAUCUUUCUGUCCGAUGCAGUGCCCCCCUAACAGCCACUACGAGCUCUGUGCAGACACCUGCUCCCUGGGCUGCUGGGCACUCAGUGCCCCCCCGCAGUGCCCGGAUAGCUGUGCCGAGGGCUGCCAGUGUGACUCCGGCUUCCUCAACGACGGCCAAGCCUGCGUGCCCAUCCAGGAAUGCGGCUGCUACCACGACGGUGUCUACUACGAGCUGGGGCAGACUGUACUCAUUGACAACUGCCAGCAGCAGUGCGUGUGCCAUGCCGGAAAAGGCCUGCUGUGCCAGGACCACAGCUGCAAUCCAGGGCAGCUGUGCCAGCCCUCGGGAGGUGUCCUGAGCUGCGUCAACAAAGACCCGUGCCAUGGUGUGACGUGUCGGCCACAGGAGACAUGCCAGGAGAAGAAUGGCCAGGGUGUGUGCGUGCCCAACUACGAGGCCACGUGUUGGCUGUGGGGUGACCCACACUACCACUCUUUCGAUGGCUGGAACUUUGACUUCCAGGGCACUUGUAACUAUGUGCUGGCAUCAACCAGCUGCCCAGGGAGCAGUGCCCAGGGCCUGACAUCCUUCACUGUCACCACCAAGAAUGAGAACCGGGGCAACCCUUCUGUGUCCUACGUGAGGCUGGUUACCGUGACCACCCUCAACACCAACAUCUCCAUCCACAAAGGCGAGAUUGGCAAAGUCCGGGUGAACGGCGUGCUGACGGCAUUGCCUGUCUCUGUGGCCAGUGGGCGGCUUUCAGUCACCCAGGGCGCAUCGAGAGCGGUGCUGGCCACCAACUUCGGGCUGCGGGUCAGCUAUGACUGGGAUUGGCGAGUGGAGGUGACGCUGCCUAGCAGCUAUCAUGGUGCGGUGUGUGGGCUCUGUGGGAACAUGGACCGUAACCCCAGCAACGACCGAGCCUUCCCUAACGGCACGCUGGCUCCCUCCAUACCCGUCUGGGGCGGCAGCUGGCGGGUUCCAGGCUGGGACCCACUGUGCUGGGAUGAAUGUCAGGGGUCCUGCCCAACAUGCGCGGGACCGACUGGAGGAGUACAGGGGCCCCGCUUCUGUGGACCCCUGGCCCCUGGCUCCGGAGGCCCUUUCGCUGCCUGCCAUGCCCACGUGGCCCCUGAUAGCUUCUUCAAGGGCUGCGUUCUGGAUGUCUGCCUGGGCGGUGGGGCCCAGGACAUACUUUGCCAGGCUCUGGCUGCCUAUGCCGCUGCCUGCCAGGCUGCUGGGAUUGUCAUUAAGGACUGGAGGACGCAGGCCGGCUGCGAGCUCUCCUGCCCAGAAAACAGCCACUACGAGCUCUGCGGCCCACCCUGCCCAGCCAGCUGCCCGUCUCCUGCACCCCCCACCGCCCCUGCCCCAUGUGAGGGCCCCUGCACCGAGGGCUGCCAGUGCGACUCAGGCUUCGUGUUGAGCGCCGACCGCUGCGUUCCCCUGGAUGGUGGCUGCGGCUGCUGGGCCAACGGCACCUACCACGAGGCAGGCAGCGAGUUUUGGGCUGAUGCCACCUGCUCCCAGCGGUGCCACUGCGGGCCUGGCGGUGGCUCACUGGUCUGCAAGCCUGCCAGCUGUGGGCUAGGUGAAGAGUGUGCCCUACUGCCCUCAGGCCAGCAUGGCUGCCACCCUAUCAGCACAGCUGAGUGUAAGGCCUGGGGUGACCCCCAUUACAUCACCCUGGAUGGACACCAUUUCAACUUCCAAGGCGCCUGCGAGUACCUGCUGAGUAUGCCCUGCCACGGACUACCCCCGGGGGUAGAGAACUUCACGGUCAUUGUAGCCAAUGAGCACCGGGGCAGCCAGGCCGUCAGUCACACCCGCACUGUCACCCUGCACAUCUACGGCCACAGCUUCACCCUCAGUGCCCGCCGGCCUCGACAGCUGCAGGUGGACGGCAAGCUGGUGGCGCUGCCCUUCCAGCUGGACUCGCGCCUGCGCGCACACCUGAGCGGCGCCGACGUGGUGGUAACCACGGCCACGAUGAUCUCGCUGGCUUUCGACGGAGACAACAACGUGCGCCUGCGCGUGCCGGCGGCGUACGCGGGCGCCCUUUGUGGCCUGUGCGGGAACUACAACCAGAACCCGAAAGACGACCUGAAUGCGGUGGGCGGGAACCCGGGCGGCUGGCAAGUGGGCGGCGCCAAGGGCUGCGAAGAGUGCGUGCCCGGGCCGUGCCCGCAACCCUGCACGCAGGAGCAGCAGGAGCCCUUCGGCGGCCCGGACGCCUGCGGCGUGAUCUCUGCCCCCGACGGCCCGCUGGUUCCUUGCCACAGCCGCGUGCCGCCCGCGCAGUACUUCCAGGCCUGUUUGCUGGACACCUGCCAGGCUCAGGGCCAUCCGGGAGGCCUCUGCCCUGCCGUGGCCGCCUAUGUGGCAGCCUGCCAGGCCGCUGGGGCCCAGCUCGGCGAGUGGAGGCGGCCGGACUUCUGUCCCCUCCAGUGCCCGGCCCACAGUCACUACAAGCUCUGUGGUGACUCCUGCCCUGUGAGCUGCCCGAGCCUCUCAGCGCCCGAGGGCUGUGAAUCCACCUGCCGGGAGGGCUGUGUCUGCGACGCUGGCUUUGUGCUGAGUGGAGACACCUGCGUGCCUGUGGGCCAGUGCGGCUGCCUCCACGAGGGCCGUUACUACCCGCUGGGCGAGGACUUCUACCCGGGUUCUGAGUGUGGGCGGCGCUGCGAGUGUGGGCCGGGCGGCCAGGUCAGCUGCCAGGAGGGCGCGGCCUGUGGGCCCUAUGAGGAGUGCCGGUUACAGGACGGGGUCCAGGCCUGUCGCCCUACAGGCUGUGGCCGCUGCCUGGCCAGCGGGGGCGUCCACUACAUUACCCUCGACGGCCGUGCCUACGACCUGCAUGGUUCCUGCUCCUAUAUCUUGGCCCAGGUCUGCCACCCGCAGCCUGGGGACGAGGACUUUACCAUUGUGCUUGAGAAGAAUGCGGCUGGAGAUCCCCAGCGUCUGGUGGUUACUGUGGCUGGCCAGGUUGUGGGCCUGGCUCGAGGGCCGCAGGUCACUGUGGACGGCGAGGCCGUAGCCCUGCCUGUGGCUGUGGGCCACGUGCGGGUGACCGCCGAGGGCCGGAACAUGAUUCUGCAGACCACCAAGGAGCUGCGUCUUCUCUUUGACGGCGAUGCCCACGUCCUCAUAUCCAUCCCUAGCCCCUUCCGUGACCGGCUUUGUGGCCUCUGUGGGAACUUCAACGGCAACUGGAAUGAUGACUUUGUCCUGCCUGAUGGCGCCGUGGCCCCCAGCGUGGAUGCCUUUGGAGCCGCAUGCGGGCGCCCAGCUCCCUCCCAGGGCUAGCGAGGCUGCGGGCCCCAGGGCUGCCCACUGUGCUCAGCAGAGGAGACGGCGCCGCAUGAGAGCCUUGAGGCCUGCGGGCGGCUCCGGGAUGUCAAGGGCCCCUUCUCCGCCUGCCAUGCGUCUCUGAGCCCCUCUGAGUACUUCCGCCAGUGCGUGUAUGACCUCUGUGCCCAGAAGGGCAACAGUGCCGCCCUCUGCCGCAGCCUGUCAGCCUACACAGCGGCCUGCCAGGCAGCUGGCGUGGCCGUGAAGCCCUGGAGGACAGACAGCUUCUGCCCGCUCCAGUGCCCUGCCCACAGCCACUACUCCAUCUGCACGCGCUCCUGCCAGGGCUCCUGUGCGGCUCUCUCUGGCCUCACGGGCUGCACCACCCGCUGCUUUGAGGGCUGUGAGUGUGACGACCGCUUCCUGCUGUCCCAGGGUGUCUGCAUCCCUGUCCAAGACUGCGGCUGCACCCAUGACGGCCGAUACUUGCCGGUGAACUCCUCCCUGCUGACCUCAGACUGCAGCGAGCGCUGUUCCUGCUCCUCAAGCUCCGGCCUGACGUGCCAGGCGGCCAGCUGUCCGUCAGGCCGCGUAUGCGAGGUCCAGGCUGGGGCCCGGGACUGCUGGGUCCCCCAUGGCCUCUGUUCCCUCUCUGUGGAUGCCAACCUCACCACCUUCGAUGGGGCCCGCAGUGCCGUCAGCUCCCCCGGCAUCUACGAGCUCUCUUUCCGCUGCCCAGGACUACAGGAGACCGUCCCGUGGUACCGUGUGGUCGCUGAUGUCUGGCCCUGCAACGGCAAAGCUGAAGUUCUGGGCCGGGUUCACAUCUUCUUCCAGGAUGGACUGGUGACCGUGACCCGAAACAAGGGCGUGUGGGUGAAUGGUCUCCAAGUGGGUCUCCCAGCUGAGGUGUUAACAUCUGUGUCCGUGAGUCGGAAUCCGGAUGGCUCCGUGCUAGUCCAGCAGAAGGCGGGGGUUCGGGUGCAGCUUGGCACCCAUGGGCAGCUGGCUGUGGUGGUCAGCGAUGACCAUGCCGGGAUGCUGUGUGGGGCCUGCGGAAACUUUGACGCAGACCAGACCAACGAUGGGCAUGACUCCCAGGAGGAGACAGCAUUGGAGAAGUGGAGAGCACAGGACUUCUCCCCAUGUUAGGACUGAGCAGUCAUCCACCGGGAAUGAGGACUUCAGGACCCGAACCUCCUGGAGGUUGCAAUAAUUGAAGGAUGCACUCUGUCACUGUAUGUCCCUCAUCCACUCUACCCCUUUGCUGAGCCACUGAGGCCAACUGUGAAAGCAUUGAAUAAAUAGCUUAAGCUAAGCU